CUCGUGUUUUCCAGUUCACGCUCUACCUGAAGCUCUUCGUCCUGAUGGGGGUCACGUGGGUGUUCGAGGGCAUCUCUUUCUUCGUCCAGCGGCACAACGAGGCUUCCAACACCAAGUACAUUUGGCUGGUGUUCGACCUGAUCAACAUUAUGCAGGGGGUGAUCAUCUUCAUCGUGUUCGUGUGUCGCCGCGCCGUGCUGAUGCGCGUGUGCGAGGUGGUGUGCGGGAAGGCCUUCGCCAUGAGGAGGUUCCCGGCCUACUACGAGAACGUCGAGGAGGACCCCGGCAACCACGAGAUGAAGCACACCGUCAUCUGAGGGGCGAGGCGCGAGGAGACUGAGGCGUGUGCGUCCGUUCGUGUAGCGGCACUAAAGCUCUCUCACGAGGAAGUCGGAGAUCGGACACGUAUGGUUUCGACGCCGAGGAAGAGGCGCGGCCGGAGUCGCGGUUCCGGAAGGGAAGCAACGGCCGGACGUUCUUCAAGACGCGGCGGCGGCUGAUAACGCGUGAUUUAAGCCGCGUCUGCAGGCUUUAUAAACAGUCACGGGCAAAAGUCGUGUCUCGUAUGAAGCUUCGAAGCCCUCCCAACUGAACCAGCAAAAGGUCACAUCACGGGUGUUCGAGGCGGAAUUCGAAACGUACUCGACAAGAUUUCUGGCCGUGACUGUGCCAAAUGAUUCACAAAAAACAAAAACAAACA